AUGGCAACACGUGUGGGUACAAGUUCUCGUUAUGGUGCCAAGAAGUGGUUAGCGUCUUUGUUUGGAGAUCUCGAGCACUCUUCAUCUUCGAAAUCCGUUGCGAAAGAGCGUCUACAGAUUAUCUUGGCACAUCAACGAGGUAGUCAAGUGCUAGCAGGUAUAGAUCUGAUCGCAUUACAGCAGGAACUACUUGAAUGUGUUCAACGUCACAUUAAAGUAGCAAAUGGCGCAAAUUUGAGCAUUUCAGUGAAAAAUGAAGGGCAAAUGGAUAUUUUUGAGAUGCAAGUACCAGUUGAUGGAGACUACAAUACGGCUCAAGAAAGACAACCACGUCGGUAA